CCACUGUAGCAGUACCUGCCAGUGUUUACUACAGAGUAUUACAUGUGCAAUUGUCAAAGAGAAUUCCUCCCACGUUUUCUUAGCACAUAUAUUAAUUACAACACCGCGUCAGUGGAAGUCCCGUCCUCUGUCAAUCAAAGACGGAAAAUGGAACUCAUUUUAACUUUUAAAUUGACAGCUAAUGGAUGGAUGGAUCAUUAGCACCUCUUUGUUUUAGUAGAGCACCGUUUUAUCACGAAUAUUUAUUACCAUGGAGGUCUUUGCGACGGACUCGAUGAACCGGAGAAGCAGCGGGACAAACAGCCUCCUGUGGCCGCUACUCGGUGCGUGUCUGUGGGCUGCAGCGGUCGCCUACAAACCGGUGAUUAUCGUGCACGGCUUGUUCGACACCUCGGGAGAUUUUAAGAAUCUUCAGCGCUUUAUUAACGAGUCUCAUCCCGGAACAAACGUGACCGUGAUUGACUUGUUCGACCGAAGUUCCAGCUUGCGGCCCAUGUGGAAGCAGGUGGAGGGUUUCAAGGCGGCCAUUUAUCCUAUCAUGCAAAACUCCGAGGAGGGAGUUCAUUUUAUUUGCUACUCUCAAGGUGGACUGGUUUGCAGAGGAAUUUUGUCCACGCUGCCAGAUCACAACGUGCACACGUUCAUCUCGCUGUCGUCGCCUCAGGCCGGACAAUAUGGCGACACCGACUACUUGAAGUACCUGUUUCCUCAGUUCGUCAAGUCCAACCUGUACCAUCUGUGCUAUACAUCCAUUGGCCAGAGAAUAUCUAUCUGCAACUAUUGGAAUGACCCCCACCACAGAGACAUGUACGCCAACAACAGUGAUUAUCUGGCUCUGCUCAACAGCGACAGACCCAAUCCAAAUUCAACAGAAUGGAAAAAAAACUUUUUGAGAAUCAACAAACUAGUGCUUAUAGGAGGACCGGAUGACGGCGUCAUCACGCCCUGGCAGUCAAGUCAGUUUGGAUUCUUCGACAACAACGAGACAGUUGUUGAGAUGCAGCGACAAGACGUGUACUUACGGGAUGUCUUUGGUCUAAAGACGCUGGCUGCUCGCGGCGAUCUUAUCUUGUGCUCCAUUCCUGAUGUCCAGCAUGUCUGGUGGCACUCCAACGAGACUGUAUUUCACACUUGCAUGGAAAAGUGGCUGGUUUAAAACCAAAAAGAAAGACAACCGCUCAUCAACAUCUUUGUAAAAUUAGCUUCAUAAAGCGUUACAUGGGAGCGUUGGUUUACAACGGAAUUCCCCCUCUACCAUGACUUAGCCAUGCUAAUGAAGUAUUAAUAAUUUCAGUGAAUAUUUAUGAAGUUACAAAAUGACAGCAUUUUGGCUAUUAUGGGACUCUAAACCAUGUUGUUGUUAUUUUGCAGAUUUUUUUUGUUCGUUGCAAUGCAGAUAUCGAAGGCACAAACAAUCAAUAAUUCAUUUCAAUUGUGAAACUGCAAGCGUAUUCUUGAAUGUAGAGAUUUACCAGCAUCUAAGCUCACUUUUAUUCAUGACGAGCAACUUCAGAGAGAUUUUUUUCAUCAACUCAUUCACCAGAAAGACAUGAUUUCCACGUGUGGAGCAGUUUUCAGUUACGCGCGUGUACCUCAAAGCGAUACCACACGACAGUGCCUGACAGAUGUUGUGUCACUGCCUUAUUCCUAUUUCAUGCAGUCUUUUUUAUGUACAAUCUUGUAGCCUUCCGUGUUUGCUUGUGAUAGAAACAAUAGUUAGUUAGCAAAAUGUUAGCCUGUUCAAAUCGUUUAGGUGCAUUUUUAGAAAAAAAAAAAAAAAAACAACAACGGGAAAUUCUACAAGAAAAAAAAAACAGGAAAUUCUACUACUUUUAGCAAGCACAUUUGUACUUUUGUUGAUAUUUCAACAAAGCUAAAAUUAGCUAGGUAAUAAUGCUAUUAGGCUAACAAUAUGUAUACAGGUAGUCCCCGGGUUACGAUGGACUCGACUUUGACAAUUUCUACUUUACAAGACUGGUCCGCCAUUUUCUCCAGUCAUUUUUUUUUUAACUGCGUAAACAGUAACUUAUUGUACCACACAGUAUCUUAUUUUUAACUUUAUUAACUUGACGUGUUCUGUCCUCACUAAACGUGACGCUGUUCAUCUUGACAGACAGCAAACAAGGCAUUUGUGCUUAUUGAAGCUUUUUCCUUACUUCACUUUUGACAAUUUGUAAAGCAGUAACACACAUGUUCACUUACAGUGCUGGCCAAAAGUAUUGGCACCCCUGCAAUUCUGUCAGAUAAUGCUCAAUUUCUCCUAGAAAAUGAUUGCAAUUACAAAUGCUUUGGUAGAAAUAUCUUCAUUUAAUUUGCUUGCAAUGAGAAACACAGAAGCGAAUGGGAAAAAGAAAUCAUGAUCAUUUUACACAAAACUGUGCCGGGCAAAAGUAUUGGCACCCUUUGAAAACGUAUGUGAUGCUUCUCUAAUUUGUGUAAUUGACAGCACCUGUUACUUACCUGUGGCACAUAACAGGUGGUGGCAAUAUCUAAAUCACACUUGCAGCUAGUUAAAAUGGGUUAAAGUUGACUCAACCUCUGUCCUGUGUCCUUGUGUGUAAAACAUUGAGCAUGGAGAAAAGAAAGAAGACCAAAGAACUGUCUGAGGACUUGAGAAGCAAAAUUAUGAGGAAGCAUGGGCAAUCUCAAGGCAACAAGUCCAUUUCCAAAGACCUGAAUGUUCCUGUGUCUACCGUGCGCAGUGUCAUCAAUAAGUGUAAAGCCCAUGGCACUGUGGCUAACCUGCCUAGAUGUGGAUGGACUAUCCAUCGGCGUCUGAAUGAAAAGGGACUCUAUGGUAGGAUACCGAGAAAGACUCCACUUCUGAUCGAGAGAAAUAAAAAAGCCAGGCUGGAGUUUGCCAAAACUGACCUGAGAAAGUCAAAAAUGUUUUGGAAUAAUGUUCUCUGGUCAGAAGACACAAAAGUAGAGCUUUUUGGGGAAAGGUAUCAAUAUAGAGUUUAAAGGGAAAAAAACGAGGCCUUCAAAGAAAAGAACACUGUCCCCCAGUCAAACAUGGGGGAGGUUGCCUGAUGUUUUGGGGUUGCUUUGCUACCUCUGGCACUGGACUGCUUGAGCAUGUGCAUGGCAUUAUGAAAUCUGAAGACUACCAACAAAUUUUGCAGCAUAAUGUAGGGCCCAGUGUGAGAAAGCUGGGUCUCCCUCAGAGGUCAUGGGUCUUCCAGCAGGACAAUGACCCAAAAGCACUAGAAAAUGGUUUAGAGAAAGCACUGGUGACUUCUAAAGUGGCCAGCAAUGAGUCCAGACAUGAAUCUCAGAGAACACCUGUGGAGAGAUCUUAAAAUGGCACCCUUCAAAUCUCAGAGACCUGGAGCAGUUCGCCAAAGAAGUUGGUGUAAAAUCAGAGCAUCAGAGCAUUGAAAGAAACUCAUUGACGGAUUGCCAAUACUUUUGUCUGGCCCAUUUUUGGAGUUUUGUGUAAAAGGAUAAUUAUUUAAUUAUUUUUUUCAUUCUCUUUUGUGUUUAUUCAUUGCAAGCCAAAUAAAUGAAGAUAUUACUACCAGAGCAUUUGUAAUUGCAAUCAUUUUCUGGUAGAAAUUGAGCGUUAUCUGACAGGAUUGCAGGGGUGCCAAUACUUUUGUCCCGCAGUGUAUUAGCUUAAAAAACAAGCAUGCCAAACAAAAGGGCAGCUGUCCUAUAUCCAUGUCAAAUGAGUCUCCUACUCAGUCAUAGAAGCCAAGGCGACAGUUCAGCCACACCCAACGCUUCCAGCAGAGGGCAGUGUAUCCUCCAUCAUAAAACAAAAUGAAAUACUUUUGGACUUUUUGGAUAGUUUUUUUUUUUUUUUUUAAAGGGUUAAUUCCGAUUUACGCGGAAAUUCAAGUUACGCCGCCAGCGUAGGAACGGAACUUGGGGACUACCUGCAUUAUGAGUUGGAAUGGCGCCUUAAAUUUUUCCAUGUUAAAUAUCCUAUACCGUAAGUGCUAAUAUAAACUGCCUGUUGUAAUAGUGCUAAAAAAUGGACAGCUCGAGAAUUUAGUAUAGUUGUCAAAGAUUGCUGUAUUAUGUCAAUGCAUGUCUCAUCCUUUAUUACCAUUAUUGUCACUUUUUACCAUUGCCUGCCUAUAGACUUUAGUCUUUGAUUGUGUGCCCAUCUUACGAAGGGAUUUGGUUCUCAUUGUUGUACUGUAGUAUUUCAGAUAACGUUCGAUAUUAGUGGAUCUGAAGGGACGUCUUGAAAUGACUAUUCAAGUGUAUGAUGAACUAAAACCAGAAUUAGAAAGGUUUUAUCUAAUAAGGAAAGAUGAGAUAAACUUGUUGGAAUUUUUUGGUGUUCUUUAUAUCAUGUACUGUAUGCUUUUUGUAUACCAAACAAUAUGGUUUUAAGGGAUUUCAUCUUUCAUGUUCAUUGACUCCCUCUAAAGAGUGUAAACUUGUAUUUUUUGGAAAAUGUAAACAGAUACAGCUAUUUUGACAGUGUCCUAAAAUUUAUAGUGUUGGAUUUGGUUGAGGUGUAAAGUAUCUUUCCUCAAUAAAAGAUUUCAAACAUCU